CACAGUCAUUGACACGAUACAUUUGCGGUCACGGAUGUAUGAGCAUGCGGGGAAAAAAAAGGCAAACCUAACUAGAACAAAACUUAAUAGUAUAUAAUAUUCAUCACGAUUCGUAGACGUUUUUUUUGCUUAUUAUAUAGUUUUAUAAUGACUAUGUUAUUAUCGGUAUAUUCUAUUGGAAUUUUCUUAAUAGUAUUUAUAUUAACAACUGAAUCUGCUUAUAAUGUUUUUACAUAUGAUGGUGAUGAUGAACAUUGUUGUCUUGUGCAAAUAAAUAGAGAUUUCUGUUGGGCAAAACCACUUACACGUAGUUUAAUUCAAGUAAAUAAACGUUGUCAACCAAUAGAUUUAAAUGAAAAACCAAGAAAUUAUUUAAAUAAAGUUAUACGUCGUUUAAAAGUUGAAACAUCAACAAAACUUGGUGAUAAAAUACUUAUUGAAUUAGAAAAACCAUUGGAUGAAGAUAUACUUAAAAAUAAUCUUUUAUGUUUAACACCAGAUAAUAAUAAUAAUAUUAAUUUAGAUAAAUGUCAUAUUAUAUUAGCUAAAUUUGAAUCAAAAAAACGACGAAAAACUAAAAAAACAACAAUAGAAGUAAUUGCUGAAGAACAAUCUGAUAUUGAAUUAACUGAACCAAUAAAAAUUUCUCAAGGUCAUGGUGUGUCUGUUUUUCAAUCUUACGAAUUAGAUCUAACUGAUUAUAAACCAACUACUCGUCAACAUCGUCGGGCAUGGUCAUGGUAUCGUACGCAAACGAAAAAAAUGUGUAGUCAACCAUUAAAAUAUAAGAAAAAUUGUAUUCGUAUAAAUCGUCAUAAUAAAAAAUAUGUUGAACAUCUAUUAAAUCAAACAACUAAUAAUAACAAUGAUGAUGAUGAACAACAAUCGGCAUAUAAGAUUACAAAAGGAUCGAAAUUAUAUUGUGAAAAUAAUCAUGAACAAACAAAACUUAUUGGUUUUUACGAUGAUAGUAAAAUAUGUUUUGAAAAAAAUAAUCAAUUAUAUAUUAAACAUGAUUUUACUGAUUAUCUGAUAUACAAAAAAUCAUCAGAAGAAGAAGCUGAAGCUGAAGCUGAAGCUGAUUUAAAUGAUAAUCCAUCAACUUAA